AGGGCAGUACGAAUUAGACGCAUGGUGCAAUGAUCUUGAGUUCCACUGUUGCAGCAAAGUUUGUAACUCUACGUAUAGCUUCUACAAAAAAUGGUAACAUCAUCUACAUCAGCAGCACCGGAGCCGACUUCUGGUUUGCUUGUCGGGACAUCGCCUGCAUGCUCCAGCAAGAUGUCGUUGGAGAGCCUCGUGUCAGCACAUAAUAUGCCGAUAGAGUUAUGGCUAUGGAGAAUUCCAUUGCAUUUCGUUAUUCUUAUAUCAAAUGGCUAUCCAAUAACGGCAAUAGUAACAAUCACUGGCAAUUAUUAGUAAUCAAUAUAACGCAAUGGAAUAAAGGUAAUAUGGCUAUUAUAUCGUCAACAUUACAUUUAUCGUUAUUGAGAAUGGCUAUAUCAUUUGAGCAUCCAGAUCCAUCGGCAAGCAAGAGCAUCAUGUUGUUUAUUCUAUCGGAAAAAAUGAUGUUGUAUAUUCUAUUGGAAUACUUCUAGAUCUACUACGUACAGUAGGUUGUAAAUGUUGCAUCCUGGAUGAUCUAAUCCCUGGCCUCACCCCGGAAGAGAUGGAAGACGUGCAUGGCAUUCCCUACAUCAACAAGUACUGCGCCACCCAUCACAAGAACGCUUUUGUUUGCAGCUUUCUGAAAGAAAAGGGGAGAAUAUUGACGGCUGAUCGGGACUAUGAGGAAGGGGAUGUUGUCAUGGAAGAACCACCAUUGCACUUAAGGCUUAUUAUUCGGGAAUUAUCUUCCGUUUUCUUGAAAAGCAUCUUGGUUGCGCGGAACCCCCUUUAGAUGAAUCUAUGGGAACGUGCGGCACCCUCUACAAAUCAAUGGGAAAAAUAACGCGAAGUAGAUGACUUUCAAGACGAGGAUCUAAUACACAUAGUACACGAGACAAAAAAAAGCCUAUACAUGACGAAGCUGAAGGCCUUAUAUGCAGACAAGGGCUUGGAUUAUGAACCUUUGUGGUACUGGUGUGCGCUCAAUUCACUGACGGAUGAAGACCUGGUAACAAGAUUAGAUUAUUUCUUUCGUUGCUUAUGUGGUGUUUCUAUCAGUUGGUCUUCGUGCUCUUCUAACUUGAAGGUACAUGAUGAAGGCUAACAAGACCUCUUUACUACUAGAGCACAGAGGUACCAUGACAUGACAUCUCUUUACAUACAUUCGUUGCUUAUGGUCAAUUUGAGAAUUUCUUUUUGAACUUUCCGUUCGGUUGGGAACAACAAGAACAACUGAUCACAGGCUGGCCGUGUAAUCCUUGCCGCGGAUCCAGAUGGGCCUCCAGCGACGCUGAAAACGAUAAGCAAGGAACAGCAGUAUCGCCUCUUGCUGCUCUAUCUUAAGAUUUCCUCAUAGAUGAAGCGUAUUUGAAGACAAAGAAGAUAUUUCACUGCUGCGGAGUUAUUUCUUCUCUCACGACAAGCGAGAAGUCACAAGCGAAAGUGAAAUUGACAUGCGUCGACUACGUUUCUUUUCUAGGAUCCACUCGGAAUUCCAUUCUUCUAAAUACCAUGGAGACAUCGGGAAGCCCAGCGAGGACGUUAGUCUGAUAGUAGAGACACUAGAGCUAGGCCAGGAUCCUGCCCUUGCACUGCUGCUGGAGCGACUUCUGCAGGUGCUCCUAGAAGAAGUUUUAUCGCAUACUGAGUGCUCCUAGAUGAAGUUUUAUCGCAUACAGUUAACUGAGUUUGCCGUCCGUGUCCAUGUGGUCCAUUCUGAUCCUAUCUUCGAUGUUACUCACUUUGAAUUGGAAACCAUGUCCAUUCUGAUUCUAUCGAUGUUACUCACUUUGAAUUGGAAACCAUGAUGUCCUCCACUGACUCUUCUAAGAAAAAACACUCGCAGGUCUGGAUCUUGAACUGUUUCGAGCACAGUGAGAAUCCGUUGGGGUAUUCGACUUAUUUUAUGUCUUCCUUCAUGUCCCAUUCCUGCCUACCGAAUGUGGUCUGGCACUACCGUGACGACUCGCUCUUCGUCCUACGAGCUAGAAGAAAAGUGCGAAAAGGCGACGAAAUUUGUUGUAGUUAUCUGGCGGAAGAAGCUUUGCUUUAAGGCAGGCAUUUAAUUGAAUGUUGAUGCAAGAGCAGGAAGUAAAAUGAACUGCACCUACUUUGUUCUGUACCUUUCUGGCAAGAUGUUGUAGGCGAGAACUGUAGAAGAGACUUUCUCUACAUUUCUUACAUCGACUUCAAGUCAAGGGGUUAGCAGUUUAUUCAACUUAUAUUUCAACAGCGCCUAGAACAUGGACUCUUGAGUGAGCUACCGAUUGUUUUACGAGUAUCCACUAUGAUACAUCUUUUCUAAUCAUUGGAGUCAGCGCAAAGUCGAAGGAAUUGCCUUGAGGAGAGCAAGCAUUUCGUCUGCACUUGCGAGAGGUAAUUUAGUUUUUCGGAAUGCUACUCUGAUUAUGUUUUUCUAGUAGACCCUUGACUGAUGCUACUCUCUCAUUCAUGUCGUUCCAAACAACGUUCUACGUGUUGGCGAGCAUCAACAUAAACAGAAAACUUGGAUAAGCACACAUGACAACCCUAAAUGGACUCAGGUGUCGGAGUGGUGCUGACUUAUCGAGAGGCUUUUUGUGUCCUUGGUGCAAAGUAGGUUGUAUUUUUCCAAAUGUGGAUCAAGCGACACCGAAAUUCACCCUAACGAAAGAGGAAGACAGCACUGAUUAUGAGAGGGAGACAGCACUGAUCACAGGUCAUGUUCUGUAAUUCUUGUCACAACACACAGGAUGAUUAAUGGAACCACAGGAUGUUUGUUUUUCGUUUGUUCGCUUAUAGGUGAAAGUUUAACAUGAUAGGAGGGGCGACGUGAAACAACGUAGGCUCUCCUUUUGUAUCCAAGGGACUUAUGGCGCGUUGACUGGUCCACCCACACUUGGGUAAGUAUCUUCAAGAACUAAGUAACACCAACUUACUACAUAUUUUGAUGACCUUUAAAUAAUCUUUAAAGUCCGCUUCUUGUUCUUCUAACCUAACGAAAAUUCAGUGAUGAAAGAGCAUCAGCGGGCAGCGCCCUUUCAGUGCAAUCAAUGUGACAAAUUCCACUGGGAGAGUGACUGGGGUGGCCUAUGGAAAGCAGAAAAGGAGAGCGAAAAACUCUUCAAAAACUGGGAGACUCUGAUAGAGAAGAACAACCGAGUCUAUGGCUCUGCGCAGGGGACUGUCAAGGUACUUCUAAGCGAAAAUUCAUUCAUCGUCCGUUCCUUGACGUUCUUCUAGUGUCACGCGCAGUCUCGUCACAUUCUAGCUCUACUCGAACAAUCAAAAGAGGUACAAAGUGCUCACUCUCUCUCGAACAAAUAGUCAACAUUGAUAUAAAUAUUCGCAAUUCAUCUUCCUUGGCACCGCACCACGCCACUCUCUGUUACCACCCAAAACUCCAGUCCUUAACCGAAGCCAAGCUCCUAACCGUCCUAGAGCGAACCAAUAUGGUCUUCUCGCAACAUUGGGUGCAAGAGCGGCUCUGGUCCAUUGCACAGGAGUUCUAUGAACAAAGUCGCGACUUCGAUCGGGCAAUGCACUAUACAUUAAGGAUUACCAACUACAUCAAAUAAUUGAUACUUAACUACCUAUUUUUUAUUUUACAUUCCCCAGUAAUUUAGAAGUACUAGAGGACCAUGAAGAUCCUUGGCCCUCUUCCUACCAGAAAUAGAGGGAAGGACCCUCAUCUUCUGUAGCCGGAAUGUAAAAAUCUUUUUGCCGCUAAAUACGAGGCUGCGCAUCAAGUUUCAUCAAAACGCGUAUCCUGGAAUCAAUGGGGCGAGAGCAUGGGCUCUCGAAUCCCUCGGUGAGCUGCUGUUCAAGUCGACAAAAAGUCGGAGUUUUGGCAUGGACCAAUGUGGACGUUGGUUCCAUGAGGCGAUAGCGGUGUAUGAUGAUUAUGUUGACAUUACAUUUUGCUAAGUAACGUCGUGGCAGCGAACAAGACGAGUCGUGGCUACAUACGGUUAUACUUGAUAGUCUAUCAGUUGGCUUUCGUGCUUUUCUAACUAGAAGGUACACGAAGGCUAAUAAGACCUCUUUACUACUAGCAAAAAGUAGAGCACAGAGGUACCAUGACAUGACAGAAGUCUAUCAGGUGUAUCAGGAUCAUGCAUAACCAUAAGUAUUUUUGCGAGUAUGAUUGAUAUUGGAUAGCUGUUGUACCUUGCGGUGAUCUGGGCAACAUUCCAUUGCUCUAAAAAGAAGCCGUUUCUGUCCUCGAAGUGAUGUUCGGCAAGGGGCAUGAAUAUUGCAAGUCUGUGUUGAACAAGAGGGAGAAGGUGAUGACCAGACUGAAGCAGUGGAGCGCAGCGAAAAACGUCCAGCCGCCCGACGGCACAGACCAGAUAGGGCCACCAACGGAUCCGAUCGGCCCACCAAAAAUUUAUGAUUAUGGUCACCACCACCACUAGGGAAGCAACUUUCAAGUACUUAGCUGAGCACACUGUAACUACAAAGAAGGGGACGGGGUGGAGGUGGAUACUGUAGAUUUAGUCAUUCAUCAUGCUAGUUUCCCUCUCCAACGGAGGUACUGUCAGUCUAACAAGGACAACUUAAACCUCACUUUACUUCUACAUUCUUACUCCUUCGAAAUACUGAUCUUGGAAAGUCCUAGGUUCUAAAUCGAGGUCAACAUCAACCGUUGCCUCACAAGUAGACACUAAUCUCUCUAAAAUUAAGUUGCAGACGCAAACGGUGUGAACAAUCUUGCGGGCGGACAGUUUAGCUUUUAUCCUUCGUCAACCCCCUCACCGGAGGAGCAGAAUGAUUCGAGUUCAGAGGUAGCAGACAGUGCAGAAGAGGCAAGUUCGGAUGCAGGAUGAAGAGAGGGUCUCAAACACAGUGAUGCUUUGUUGAGAGUUUGACAUCCUUCCUCUCUUCAGUCAUCUUCUAUUUCCCUCGUAUCAUGUUUAUGUUUUUCUUUUUUCAUUCCAUUCACACUGCAUCAGCUGCAAUAAUUUCCUACUCCCUCAUCUACUAAGAUGAGUCCUAGGUCGUGGUAUACCUCAUGCUCAUCAUUACUACUUCCUCAACUAAUAAAUAUGUUGUUCCUAAGAAUUCAUGCUGACCACGCAGUCCUCUCCUGCUUCCUGAACUGAUAUCCUAUUUUUAUGUGCGAACAGAGGACCACUGACCGCACAGACCACUGACCGUCAUGACCGCGGGGAUUGGCAAGUUUUCGUGAUUGAGGACAAUUUUUCGAUCUACAAGAAGAUCAAGAUUCAGCGUGCGUAGUGCUCGUCUCUUUUUUCCUAUUAAAAAAAGUUUCCCGCUCUAAAAAAAAAGAGACGAGCAGCACUACCAAGAGACGAGCACUACCUACUAGUCUUCUAUGUUUCCCGCUCUCAGAGAACACCCAAAGUUUUCCAAAGUUUCAUCGAAAGAAGAUGAAACAAAUGAUCUAUCGAAAGAAGACUAGUUUACUUGAUGAUCACUUUUCAUUUCUAGUGUGCUGAUCUUCGUCGACGUACUUACUUAGACCGACCAUAUAAAUCGAUUGGCAAUCGAAUAUAACUUGACGUUUUGGCCCACUUUUUUUGAGAAGCCUAAAGUAAACCCUAAGACAUUUUACCUUGCUUUUUAGACACUCGUGAGAAGAGAGACGACUAUAAACACUUGAAAAAGGAAGGUGAGAGAAUAACUAUAAUUUGCACAGCAUCAACUGCCCUUUUAUCAUAUCGAGUCGAAAUUUGAAUAAUUGAAAGUUUUGGCCCAGAUGAUUUGACCCUUUAUAAAUUGGUAUCUAUUUUUGGUUUGAUUCACAUUUACCUCUGACUGUAACUAAAGCACAUAAACGUACUUUUUCUGUACUGCAUCUAAAAGAGAAGGUUGAGAGUCUGUCUUUUUAUACAGACGGAAAAAAAGGAAGACAAAAAAAACAAGAUGUCCUCGCAAGAACAGGACACCGAUGAAAAGAUACUUAUUAAUCGCUGACCAGAAGCAUGAUGUUGAUGGGCUUGCGCAGCCGCAUGAUGUUCAUCACGUUGUUGACGUUUAUCCGGUCCCUGAGAUGGACAACAGCCAGGAGGAGAUGACCCAGUCGGGGUGGGGAGGAAUCCUCCAGGCGGAGGAGCGAGAGGAGGAAGUACAGGAGCGCCUGGAUCUGGCCCUACAGGAGCGUCUGGAUCUGGCCCUACAGGAGCGUCUGGAUCUGGCCCUGCAGGAAACUGUCCUCUGCUGAAAAGUUAAUGGAGGAAUUGAAAAAGAAACGAAAUGACCUCAAUGCGUUUUUCGAGACGGCGAUGGCCCGCGUGAAGAAGGAUACGAAUAUAAGCAAAGAUAUACUGGGAAAAGAAUUACGGUACGCCAUUGAUGGUAUGUACGAAAUGACUGACAAAUUUCUUGACAACAAGGUGGGGAGCGAAUUAUGUCUAGGAGAAAGAGAGAUGCUCAGACGCUUCAGAGACAAGGAGCUUAACCCGCGUGAAAAGUAUUUGCGAGAAUGCGCUGCAAAUUUAAGGGAAUGAAUAUAAAACUAAAUUAAUUUGUGACCCUGAAAAAGACUCAUUCGACAGAGAGCAUGGACAUGGAGUAGAGGCCUGACAGAAGAAGAUCACACUUUUUCUGUCUCGGCAACUCUUCAAGGGCUCUGACUCCCGAGAAUGGAAGUCUUCAGUCUUUUUUGAUUUCAUAUCUCAUUCUGUCUGAGAAUGAGGUAGGUGGGAAAACGUCAAACAAAAAAGAAAGCUUCUUCUAGCACUUGUACUUGAAAGAUAGUACGAUAAGAAAGCUUCUAGCACUUGUACUUGAAUAAAGCUGGUUGCACUAGUAUCAAAGGAGAAUCCUCUCUCACUUUCAAAAAUGAAGAAAAAUUUUAUCAAACACACUACUCAGCAGGCUAAGAAUGAGCUGCAACUAGACCUCUACCCAUGCCAGCGAUUGGAGGGCUUUGGAGGCUCUAGAAAAGCUCUUUCAAACUUUCAACUCUUGGCAAAUGUUGCAAGGUUUGACUUUCUGGCGUAGGUGAAAUUAAGAAAGCUGAGGUGAUAGUACGAG